UGCGUUUGAUGUGCUUGCUUUGGUUCAAUACCUUCCAUAUAAUCCGUGAAUAAUUUGAUACUGGAUAAGUUCCUGCUGUUCGUUCCUCUCGAUUUCUGUUUCUGUCAUCUUGGAGAUAUUUUCAGACGCUGCAGAAAGGUAAAACUACUCUCUUUUGUGGGUGCAUCGAGGAAUCCUUGAGCUUAGAAGGAAACAUUAUUUUUUUUUCAUCCUUGGAGCUUGAUAAAGGAAAAGCAGCUCAUUGUUAUCUUCUUUCCAGGUACUGGUGGUCUCUUGUUAACUCUAUUUGGUUCGUUAAAAUUCUUUUUCUGACAGCCCUACCAACUGGGUAAAGGAAAAUCCCAGCCAUGAUGAGCAACCUCAAGCUAGGGGUGGAGGUGGUGAGUGCUCACAACCUCAUGCCUAAAGAUGGUGAGGGGUCAGCCAGUUCUUUUGUGGAGCUCCAGUUUGACGGCCAGAAGUUCCGCACUACUGUGAAGGAAAAAGAUCUGAACCCUGUUUGGAAUGAAAGCUUUUAUUUCAACAUCACCGACCCAACCAAUCUCCAGAGCCUUACACUUGAUGUCUAUGUCUACAACAACAACAAAGCCACCCACUCGAGGUCAUUCCUGGGGAGGGUCCGUGUUACCGGCACAUCAUUUGUGCCCUACCCUGAUGCUGUUGUCUUGCACUACCCUCUAGAAAAGCGUGGCAUUUUCUCACAUGUUAAAGGAGAGCUUGGCUUGAAAGUCUAUGUCACCGAUGACCCCUCCAUAAAAUCCUCAAAUCCACUUCCUGCUGUUGAAUCCUUUCCAAAUGCUGACUCACGUUCGUCCCAACCUCAAGUGCAACAGCAAGCUCCAAAUCCAUUCUCUAAUGAGAAAGCUGAGUCAAGACACACCUUCCAUCAUCUCCCUAAAGAGCAUCACCACCACCAACAUUCUUCAACGACGGAGUCCCAACAACCAAUGAAAUACUCUGCUGAUGUGAUGAAAGCAGAGCCACAACAGCCAAAAAUUGUUCGCAUGUACUCAGCUUCAUCAUCCCAACCAGUUGACUAUGCACUGAAAGAGACUAGUCCAGUCCUUGGAGGGGGACAGAUUGUUGGGGGCCGUGUUAUACGUGCUGAAAAACCUGCCAGCACUUAUGACCUAGUUGAACAGAUGCAGUUCCUCUUUGUCCGAGUUGUCAAGGCCCACGACCUUCCUUCCAUGGAUAUUUCAGGCAGUCUUGACCCAUACGUGGAGGUUAGGGUUGGGAAUUACAAGGGAGUCACAAAGCACUUUGAGAAAAAGCAAAACCCUGAAUGGAAUGAGGUGUUCGCCUUUGCAAGGGAUCGAAUGCAAACAUCAGUACUUGAAGUUGUGGUCAAAGACAAGGAUUUGGUCAAAGAUGACUUUGUUGGCAUCGUUAGAUUUGACCUUAAUGAGGUGCCGACACGGGUCCCACCAGAUAGUCCACUGGCUCCACAGUGGUACCGGCUGGAGGACAAGAAAGGAGACAAGACAAAAGGUGAGUUGAUGCUUGCUGUUUGGAUGGGUACUCAAGCAGAUGAGGCAUUUCCAGACGCAUGGCAUUCUGAUGCUGCAACAGCUGUUGAUAGCUCUGCUGCUGCCUCUACAAACAUACGGUCUAAGGUCUAUCAUGCACCAAGGUUGUGGUAUGUACGCGUCAAUGUCAUUGAGGCACAGGAUUUGGUCCCAACUGAGAAAAACCGUUUCCCUGAAGUGUAUGUCAGGGUACAGAUUGGUAACCAGGUCUUGAAAACAAAGCCUGUUCAGGCCCGGACAAUGAGCCCGCUCUGGAAUGAGGAUCUAUUGUUUGUUGCUGCAGAGCCCUUUGAGGACCAUCUGAUUCUUUCAGUUGAAGAUCGUGUUGGACCCAGCAAAGAUGAGAUCAUUGGGAGGGUUAUCAUACCUUUGAAUUCUAUUGAGAAACGCGCUGAUGACCGGUUGAUCCACACUCGUUGGUUCAACCUUGAAAGGCCAGUUGCGGUUGAUGUGGAUCAGUUAAAGAAGGAGAAGUUUUCCAGUAGACUCCACCUCCGUGUCUGUCUUGAUGGUGGUUACCAUGUUCUUGAUGAGUCAACACACUACAGCAGUGACCUUCGGCCCACUGCAAAGCAACUGUGGAAACCUUCAAUUGGUAUUUUGGAACUUGGUAUUUUGAAUGCUGAGGGGAUUCACCCAAUGAAAACACGAGAUGGCAAAGGUACAUCAGAUACAUAUUGUGUUGCGAAGUAUGGUCACAAAUGGGUGCGUUCACGAACCAUCAUCGACAGCCUAAGUCCGAAGUACAAUGAGCAAUACACUUGGGAGGUCUAUGAUCCAGCUACGGUUCUUACUGUAGGUGUAUUUGAUAAUGGCCAGCUAUGGGAGAAGGGAACAAAUGGUAACAGGGACAUGAAGAUUGGGAAGGUACGGAUACGUAUCUCAACGCUUGAAACUGGUCGUGUUUAUACACACUCUUACCCAUUGCUAGUCCUACAUCCUUCUGGUGUUAAGAAGAUGGGAGAGCUGCAUUUGGCUAUACGGUUUUCAUGCACAUCAUUGGUGAAUAUGCUAUACAUAUACUCACGUCCAUUGUUGCCCAAGAUGCACUACGUACGGCCGUUAACAGUGAUGCAGCUUGACAUGUUGCGUCACCAGGCUGUGAGCAUCGUGGCAGCAAGGCUAAGCAGGGCAGAGCCCCCUCUUCGGAAGGAGGUGGUUGAGUACAUGUCUGAUGUUGAUUCACACCUCUGGAGCAUGCGGCGCAGCAAGGCUAACUUCUUCCGGCUAAUGUCAGUGUUUUCGGGUUUGUUUGCAGUUGGUAAAUGGUUUGGGGACGUGUGCAUGUGGAAGAACCCUGUAACCACGGUGCUUGUGCAUGUUCUCUUUGUGAUGCUUGUAUGCUUCCCUGAAUUGAUACUUCCAACAGUGUUCCUGUACAUGUUCUUGAUAGGCAUAUGGAACUAUCGGUACCGGCCACGGUAUCCCCCUCACAUGAAUACAAGGAUCUCUCAUGCAGAGGCAGUGCACCCUGAUGAGCUUGAUGAGGAAUUUGACUCUUUCCCAACAUCCCGCAAUCCAGAGCUUGUGCGAAUGAGGUAUGACAGGCUGAGAAGUGUGGCAGGGAGGAUACAGACAGUGGUUGGGGAUGUGGCAACCCAAGGGGAGCGGAUCCAAGCACUGUUGAGCUGGCGAGAUCCUCGUGCCACAGCAAUCUUCGUGAUGUUCUGUCUCAUUGCGGCACUAGUCUUAUAUGUGACACCUUUCCAGGUGGUGGCUGUUAUUGCAGGCUUUUACUUGAUGAGGCACCCAAGGUUCCGUCAUAGGUUGCCGGGAGUGCCAAUCAACUUCUUCCGCCGGCUGCCUGCCAGGACGGAUAGUAUGUUGUAAAUAGGCUAUGAGUGCUUCCCUGGUGAGUGUUCCAGAUUCUGGGUAUGUGGAUCUUUGCUUCUGCUUUCUUCUUCUUGUAUGUCUUAGGUGGUAAAGAUUUCACAGGUACAGUACUAUGCAGGAAUGAAUAAUAGUAUCAGUACAAAUUUAUGUUUUUGUUCCUGAGCCAUUGGGUAAAAAAUUGUUGGGAGUCGACACGAUUUUCAUA